AUGUCUGUCCCCGAAAAGUUCACCGGCUUCCAGGUCAACGGCCCCGAGACCUGGACCGAGUUCCACAAGAACGAGUUCCAACCCAAGCCCUUUGGCGACUACGACGUCGACAUCAAGAUUGAAUGCUGUGGUGUUUGCGGUAGCGAUGUUCACACCAUCAGCGGCGGGUGGGGCGAGCAGAAGUUCCCUCUUGCUGUUGGACAUGAAAUCAUCGGAACCGCCCUCCGCGUCGGUCCCAAAGUGACUCUCAUCAAGCCCGGCCAGCGUGUCGGCGUCGGCGCCCAGUCCUACUCUUGCCUCGACUGCCGUCAGUGCAAGAACGACAACGAGACGUACUGUCGCAAGCAACUAGACACUUAUGGCGCCGUGUGGCCUGAUACCGGCAUCGUCAGCCAGGGCGGUUACUCCUCCCAUGUUCGCACCCACGAGCACUGGGUCUUCCCAAUCCCCGACGCCCUCCCCUCCACCGUCGCCGCUCCCAUGCUCUGCGCAGGUCUAACCGCCUACUCCCCUCUGGUCCGUAACGGCUGCGGCCCCGGCAAGAAAGUCGGCAUCGUCGGCCUCGGCGGCAUCGGCCACCUAGGUCUCUUGUUCGCCAAAGCCCUCGGCGCCACCGUCUACGUGAUCUCGCGCACGCACUCCAAAGAAGCCGACGCCCGCAAAAUGGGCGCCGACGGCUUCCUCGCGACUGCCGACCCCAACUGGAACGAAGAGCACAUUAUGACUUUUGAUUUGAUCAUCAACACCGCCAACAGCUUUGAGGGGUUCGACCUGGAUGCGUAUUUGAGCUUGUUGGAUGUCCAUGGCAAGUGGGUAAGUGUGGGAUUACCCGAAGAUGAGGAGGGGAUUCGGGUGCGGAAUCAGACGUUCUUGAAGAAUGGGUGUUUUUUCGGGAGUAGUCAUUUGGGGAGCCGCAGAGAGACGUUGGAGAUGCUGCAGCUUGCGGCGGACAAAGGGGUCAGGACGUGGGUGGAGGAGGUGAAGAUUAAUGAGGAAAACCUAAAGGGGGUGAUGCAGAAGAUGAAGGGCGCUGGGGGGAGGUAUCGGUUUUGUUUGACGGGGUAUGAGGAGGCUUUUGGAGCGUGA